CCGGUGCAGAAAGAGAAAGAGAAAAGAGAGAGAGAGAGAGAGAGAGAGAGAGAGCUGACUGUGUAUCGACCAUGAAGGCUCUGCUGCUGCUGGUUCUACCCUGGCUCAGCCCAGCCAACUACACUGACAAUGUGGGCAACCUGCACAUCCUCUACUCUGAGCUGUGUAAAGGGGCGUCUCACUAUGGCCUGUCUGCCGACAGGAAGCGGCGUUCCCAGGAGGGGGACUGCACUGACAGCACGUCAGAACUCACUGUGGCCACCCUGCCCGGCGAUGGCCCCACCUCCUCCGCGGUCGCCCUCCUAUCAGACGAGCCCGGCCUCGUCAACCCUGCCUUCGACCCCAGCAUGGAGGACAACAGCCAAUCAGGAAGCACCACAAGCCUGGCAGCCCGCAGCAGUUCCAAGAAGAUCCGAAACUAUGACCGCACCUCGGUCAGGAGCCGCUCCUUCAGGCGGUUGAACCGUGCUUUCAGUGUCCUGCGGAGGACCAAGAGUGGCACUUCCGUGUCCAAUGAGACCGCAGAGGAACAAGAUAAUGCCAGGAACGCCAGUGUGCCCCAGGAAGUGCUGGCUCUACCGCAGCUCCAUCACUUGAUCCCUGAUGGUGAGGUUACCAGUAUUAAGAUCAACCGUGAGCCCUCGGAGCCCCUGGCCAUCAGCAUUGUGGGGGGUAACGAGACUCCCCUGGUGCGUAUCCUCAUCCAGGACAUCUACAGGGAGGGGGUUAUCGCCCGGGAUGGACGCCUGCUGCCCGGGGACAUUAUCCUCAAGGUGAACGGCAUAGACAUCAGCAAUGUUCCCCACUGCUACGCCCUGGCCACCCUCAAACAGCCCUGCCAGCUGCUGCGACUCACAGUGCUGAGAGAGCAGCGUCACCGCUACCGUUCGCACCCCCACGAUGCGGCCGGUGGCUACCUGCCUCACGGCCUCUCCCACGGCCAUCCCCUGAGGGACGACAGCAUCCAUGUGGUCCUGGCUAAGAGCACCCCAGAGGAGCAGCUGGGCAUCAAGCUGGUGAGACAACCAGAGGGACAUGGCGUCUUCAUCUUCCACCUGCUGGAGGGCGGCCUGGCGGCGCACGACGGGCAGCUCAGCGUCAACGACCGCGUCCUCGCCAUCAACGGACACGACCUGCGCUACGGAGCGCCUGAACACGCCGCUUUACUCAUCCAGGCAAGUGAGGAGCGGGUCCACUUCAUUGUUUCUCGUCAGAUCUGUCUGCCUAACCCUGACAUCCUGCAGGAGGCUCCAUGGGGCAUGGAAGGCCCCCCACCAUACUCUCCAGUGGACAUGGAACACACGCUACUGGACUCAUGUGAGAAGCCGGCGUGUUAUGAGAAGACGGUGACGCUGUCCAAGGAGCCCCAUCACUCCCUGGGGAUGACGGUAGCAGGGGGUAUGUCCUCCCGCGGCUGGGAUCUCCCGGUCUACGUCACUAACGUGGACCCAAACGGAGUAGUGGGACAGGAGGGAUCCAUCCGCAAAGGUGACAUCCUGCUGAAUGUGAACGGGCUGGACCUGACAGGGGUGACGCGGGGCGAGGCUGUGGCCAACCUGAAGAACACCACCUCCCCUGUGGUGCUCAAGGUCCUGGAGAUGAGGCCUUCAGAGGAAAUCCAGCCAGAGUGCCCCUCGCCCCCCUGCCUCUCACCCUCGCCCACUGACAGCACCAAGCAGAGCCUCGCCACGCUGCCACACACCGAUGACUACUCCCCAUUGUGGGUGUCAUGGCUGCAGUUGCCCAGGCACCUGUACUGCUGCAAAGACAUUGUGCUGCGCCGGAGCGCCUCUGGCAGCCUAGGCUUCAGCAUCGUGGGGGGGCAGGAGGAGGUCAACUGCAAUCAGUCCUUCUUCAUCCGCUCCAUCGUGGAGGGCACACCAGCCUACAACGAUGGCAGGAUACGGUGUGGGGACAUUCUGCUGGAGGUGAAUGGAAAGACUACGUGGGGGAUGACCCACACAGCCCUGGUGCGUCUACUGAAGGAGCUGCGGGGCAGAAUCACCCUGACCAUCGUGUCCUGGCCAGGCAGCUUGCUGUAGCCCUGCUGCAGUCGCAGAGCCAUGGGGAGGGGCCAACACUGACCAAGGAAUGUGGGUGGAGCUUUAGACUGGCUUACAACGCUCAGCCCUACCUUAUGGGAUGGGCUUACACUAGUGAUGUAGCUAUGGAAGGCAGACCUUAGAACCCUGACUCCCGAUGGACAGCUGAGACUUUGGGGAGUUCAGAGGGGGCCAAUCAACCAUGUGACAGGAGUUUGCCCAAACCCCCCCGAGACACUGAGCUGCGAGGAUGUGGAUCUGUGGCCCUACCCCUGGUGGGUGGUUGGAUGGGGAAACAAGUUGCCAAUUCCAUUAGUUCUAUGUUAGAGUAUGCAUUUAAUUGGACUCGCAUUUCUUUACUGUAACUGUUGGAUGUCAAAAAAUAUAUAUACUGAUUCAAGUACUGUUUCUCUUUCUUUUCACGUUUAUUUGAUGGCCUUUGAAUAUAUUCUUCGUUAUGUUUGUACUGACAGUGGCUUUAAUCUUCAUCUGUUGAGACUGAGGACACAUUGCCAAGUAGUCGUCUGUGUUGAGAUGUUUUCAGAAGCUGUUGCUAAAUUAUCAAACCACUGGCAAAAAAAGUAUAGUAAAAAUGUGUUCAUAAUCUGUUAAAAGUAAUAUUAAGGUAAAAUUGUGGAGGCCUUACUGAUUUUCCUACUUUUGAGAAGAAAAAAACCAAACUGACUUGGUUUCUGUGUGUGUUUCCGUGGAUGAGUCUGGUCUAGGACCAUCGAACACAGUUCUGUCUCACGCUUCGGCCUACGUAGUAUAUCUGAUGGUACCUUUGGUAAAAUAAUCAAUAAAGUCAUU